AUGAAAAUUACUAUCGUCAACGAACAAAAUGGAGACACUACGGGGAUAGAGAUCUCGAAUGAUUUCACUUUGGCGGACUUGAAAGCCUACAUCGAAGCAGAAAGCGGAGUAAACCAAACUAAUAUGGUGUUGUGCCACAAUAAUAAACAGUUACAAGGUUCAGACAGCACGCUUCAAAAUUUGGGAUUAGCAGAUGAUGAUAUACUUGUCUUGAGGACACAGACACAACAAGCCGCAACGAUCACUCCUCCUGGAGCCGGCUUAAAUGAUAGUGUGGAGUUAUAUCGACAACAGAUAUUGGCUAAUCCGGCAAUGAACUCGCAAAUCAGAAAUACAUACCCGCAGCUUCAUGAUGCUAUCGAUGACCCAAACAGAUUUAGAGAGGUCUUUCUCAGAGUUAUGCAAUCAGAGGUUUCAGGAAACCAUGGACGUGACGAGGAGUUGAGAAGACUUCAAGAGAAUCCCGAUGAUCCAAAGAACCAAGAGAGAAUCCUCGAAAUAAUUAGGGAGCAGCAGAUUGAGGAGAACUUACAGCUUGCAUACGAUACCUCGCCAGAAUCGUUUACUGAUGUCUGUCACUUAUACAUGAAGUUGAAGAUUAACGGCCACGAAACUUUUGCAUUGGUUGACACUGGAGCAAAGCUGACGGUUAUCCAUCCCAAGCUAGCAGAAGAGUGUGGAAUUCUGAAUUUGGUAGACAAGAGGUUUGCUACCAUGACUGCUGGUGUCGGAACCGCAUACAGUGAAGGCAGAAUUCAUAGCGUGCCCGUCAGUUUAGGAGACACAGGAAUUGAUGUGCCUUGCUCCUUCACUGUUUUGGAUAUCCCAGUGGGAAUCUUGUUUGGAAUUGAUAUGCUCAAAAGACACAAAUGCACCAUCAAUCUUGCCAAAGAUGUUUUGGAUAUUGGCGGCCUUGAAAUUAAAUUCUUGAACGAAAGUGAGAUUGAGAAGUAUGUGAAACCCUAUGACUCUGAUGCUAGAAAGUCUGCUCGUGAUUCACUUCUUAGCUCUCUCAACAAACCUCUGCUUGUUAAACCGCAAGCAAAUGUUGCUGGUAGCUCUACUUCUGUUGCGAAGCCAACUCCAUCUGGCCGUUCAAGUAAUUCUCCUGGUGAAUCUGCUCCAACUGGUACAAGCGCUUCGGCUGAAGGCUCAUCAGCUCAGACAGAGGAACAAACUUUCCCAGUAGAGAGUAUUAACCAACUUCUUUCGCUAGGAUUUACGCGAGAUGAAGCGGCUGCGGCCUUAAGGAGUACAAACGGCAAUGUUGAACUUGCAGCAUCUUUAUUAUUUAACUAA